AUGCCGUCAACAAGCCUCUGCCAAGACGAGGCCUGCCCACCAUACAGUCUUAUGGACGACUACAGCGAGGGAGCUCAUCCACAAAUCCUCGAAGCUCUAUUGCGGACAAAUUCAACCCAACAAGUUUCUUACGGAAACGAUGAAUACUCUGAUGUGGCCAGACGAUUGAUUCGGCAACGAAUCGACUGCGCUGAAGACGAGGCAGAUAUUUUCUUUGUCCCUAGUGGGACUUCCGCAAAUUUGAUCUCUAUCGCCAGCUGCUUGCGACCCUACGAAGCUGUCAUCACUGUGGACUCCGGCCAUAUCGCCUGCAAGGAGGCGGGGGCAAUUGAAGCCACUGGCCACAAGCUUAUUCUGGUUCCCGCUGUUGACGGCAAGAUGACGACAACCAACCUGCAAAAAGCUAUACAGCAAAAUCAGUUUUUCCCGCACAUGGCCAAGCCACGGUUGUUGUAUUUGUCCAAUGCUUCGGAGACUGGCACCGUAUACACCAAGCGCGAACUGAGCAGUCUGUCUGCGUUGUGCAAGCAAUUGAAUCUUGUACUUCUGAUGGAUGGUGCGCGAAUCGGAACCGCGAUGUGCUCCAAGAAGAACGACAUGACUCUGCACGAUAUUUUUGAAUAUACCGACAUUUUCUGGAUUGGUGGCACCAAGGCGGGUGCGCUCAUGGGAGAAGCAAUUGUCGUCAAGAAGGCCAUUGCAGAAGGCUUCGUGUUCCAUCUCAAGCAACACGGUGCUUUGCUGGCCAAGGGUCGAAUAAUGGGUGUGCAGUUCAUGGAACUGUUCAAGGAGAACCUGUUUUUCACAUUGGCUACACACGCCAAUAACAUGGCUGAGAAGAUCUCUGGCAAUUUCGAAGAGUUGGGAUAUCAACUGGCUGCGGAGACGGAGACGAAUCAGGUGUUUAUCACCAUGCCCCAGAAGCUUGCUCAAAGGCUGCAGGACCGAUUUAGAUUCUAUAUUUGGGACCAGUUGGAUGAUGGACAAGUUGUUGUGAGGAUUGUCACGUCGUGGGCUACGGACGAGUUGCAGGUCGACAAGUUCAAUGCGUGGGUGCGAGAGUGGACGUCGGCGACGAAAGAAUUCGCCACUUAG